UCCCCCCACAACACACUGAAGUCACCACGUGGAAACUGCCUGCUCUGCUAGCCUACUGCUAUUCUACAGUGUUUUCAAAGAGAGCCGUGGAUGUGUGUGUAUGUUGUGUGUGUAACGGAGGGACUCCAUGACAUCAACUUUUUGCCAAAAAAGACCACAAGAUUUUGAUUACACUUUGUUGUAUGCCGACAUUUUAGGAGGAUCUUUUUUUCUUGUGAUUUGUGAUCUUAGUAUAAACUAGCAGGCUGUUUUGCUGAAACUCAUAUUCAUCAAUCGAAGAAAAUACAUUUAUUUUACGACAAUCAAUCAUGGGGAAAACAAGUGAAGAUAUCACACCUACCGAGGCUGGAGCAAGUGAAAAAUUAUCCAGUGGUGGAGGAGGAGGAUCACAGCUGAGCAUUACCUUGAAAAAACAGCUGGGACUUCUGAACGGAGUCGCCAUCAUCAUCGGGAUUAUCGUGGGCAGCGGUAUCUUUGUCUCUCCAAAGGGAGUGUUGCUAGAAGCUGGUUCUGUAGGGCUAUGUCUGACAGUGUGGGCCCUGACCGGUGCGGUGUGUAGCAUUGGAGCUAUGUGCUACGCCGAGUUGGGUACCUGUAUUCUCACGUCUGGCGCUGACUAUGGCUACAUCAUGCAGGCUCACGGCGACCUCCCUGCCUUCUUGUUCCUCUGGGUUUGCCUUGUGGUGAUCAUUCCUACGGGAAAUGCCAUUACAGCAUUGACGUUUGCCAAUUAUAUCUUACAACCUUUUUUCCCGGACUGCGGACCUCCUCAAAAUGCUGUGACAUUGUUGGCAGCUCUUUGCCUCA